CUCCAGUUGUGCGGCCACCAAUCUUACGCACCAUGUAGGAUCUGGUAUAAAGCGACGUCCCGUUAAAAAAUCGUCAAUCUCGUGUCAAAUCAUCAGAAAUCAAUCAUGUCUGCUAAAAUCGUUGUCUUUGUCGCCAUUUUGGCGUUUGCCGCCGCAACACCAGCCCCCAAAGCUGCACCUGCACCGAAGCCCGGGUUACUCGCUUACAGCGCCCCAUUGGUAGCAUCUCCUGCGGUUGCCUAUACUGCUGCCUACUCAGCCCCUCUCGCGUAUGCUGGUUAUGCGGCUCCAGCUGUUUACCCUGCAUAUUCGGCAUACUCUGCGCCAUUGGGAUUGAUUGGUGCUCGCAUCGAAAUGGUGUUGGAAAACGACCUCACGCAUAAGGACGCCGCUGUGGCAUACAAAAAAUAUCAAACAAACAUGUCCGUCAAAAUUAAGAGUAUUUUAUUUGAUUUAUUAAGAUUGAAAAGCCAAAAAAUGUACAAAGCUAUUGUCUUCGCCGCCAUUUUGGCUUUCGCUUUCGCUUCGCCGGCUCCCGCUCCCGAAGCGAAACCUGCACCAAAACCUGGUGUGCUGGCCUACAGCGCGCCCUUGGUGGCGUCGCCCGCACUAGCAGCCUACAGUGCACCAGUGGCGUACGCAAGUUAUGCCUCGCCUUACGCUGCCUACCCUGCGUAUUCUGCAUACUCAGCCUACUCCGCGCCUCUGGUUGUCGUCUAAUUUGAACCAUUCGGAUUGUAAAAACGGAUUGAAAUAAAAUUUUGCUUGGCGUAAA